AUGUCAAUGCCCAACCCCGAAAUCAGAUUCCCUCUUGAGGGAAACACAAGGAUCGAGGGUGAGGUGAGCAGUGUGCUGGACAAAGCCAACAUUCCCAACUUUAUCUGGGGUCAAGGUGUUCAUCUCAUGAUGGGCAUCAAAGAUAAAUGGGAUACACCAGGCUGGGUAGUCCCAGAUAACCUCGUUCAAUUGGCCGCUCAUGCCUUGAGUUGUUCCUUCCACACUGGAAAACCCUAUUCCGAACGCGAGCCAGGAGAAAGGAAAACCCCGACGCCGGGCGAAUAUUGCUUCGAAUACGGUGUCUUUAAGGUGCAAGAGAUCCAUCUUCACAAGAAGAGUAGCCGAUGCCCCAGUUUCCCGGACCCUCCCCUCGGUAAACCUGGAAAGAACGAUCAGUAUUACAUGCUCACCUCGGACAGACGACUACCGGUGGAGCAUGUUCUCAAGGUGCGCGAUAUGCCGCCAGAGAACAGCUGGCCCGUGAAAAUGCCAGUGCCAGCCAGAUACGUGGAGAGUCUCGUGAUGUUCUGCGCAUGGAAUCUGUCCGUGGUCGAUAUUCCAGACCCUUGGUAUGAUAUGAUGGUUUACCUGGCAAGAGGUAUGGGGCUGGAUAGCACCAAUUAUUCAUAUGUGGAGCCGAAAGAGCUGCAACCUCCCUUCGAUAAGUUUAUGAAGAUAUUAGACCAUGAUACUAGAAGACAUGGUGAGGCUCUCAGGAGUGAUCUCUGUCACCGCAAGUCUUAUCGUUUCCUGUGCGAGAUUCUCAUGGCACUGAGGGAAAUGAGGCAAGUGCAGCCAAACAUGGACAAAUCGCUACGUUACUGGCCACCAAUGGAACGGGGGCUAAGGGCCAAAUGUCAGGCUAUGAAAUUGGACUAUGAAUAUCUGCAGGAACCGGACGAAACGCUGAUGCUCCAUCAUGACUUGGUCAGGGCUCUGGCUAGUAAGACUUGGAAUUAUUCCACAGUUGAGUGUGCGACCACGUAA